AAAUGGUAAAAGUUAAAGCUAUCUGAAGAAACCCUAAAGAUUAUGAAAAGAAAUCAGCAAAGGAUGUAAUGAAGAUGCAGAGAAAUCCUGAUCCAUCUCUGAACCCUUUCCAAGAGGCUAGGGAGUACCAGAGAGCUUUGAAUGCAGCUAAGGUUGAGAAAAUAUUCUCAAAACCCUUCCUUGCUGCUCUGGACACUCAUACAGACGGGAUUACUACUAUGGCUAAGAAUGUGAACUCCAUGGUCGAUUUUGUCACAGGUGAUCAUGAAGGUAUCAUUUGUAUGUGGAAUUUACACUCAAAGAGUGAGUAUCACGUCAUUAGUGCUCAUUUAAACUCUAUUAGAGGGCUGACCUAUGCUAACCCAGCUGCAGUUAAUCUUACAGACACUCUGUUUCUCUCAAGUGGAGAUGAUAAAUUUGUUAAAAUUUGGUCUUUGAAUAAUUGUAACAAACAGAAAGGUAAUGCAAGGAAAGGCCAUAUUGUAGCAUAUAAACCUAAAGCUCAAUAUAUGAGUAAAUCAAUCCUUUUCAAUGUUGAUCAUAGUUAUGAAGAAGCAAAGUUCGCAACUUCUGGAUCAAUAGUUCAAGUCUGGGACUAUGAAAGAUCAGAUCCUAUCAGUAGAUUUGAUUGGGGAAUGGAUGCAGUAAACACACUUAAAUGGAAUCCUUCAGAGACAAAUCUUAUUCUUUCAUCUGCUUCUGAUAGAAGUAUUUGUUUGUAUGAUAUUAGAGGUAACACUCCUUUAAAGAGGAUUUUCUUGAAAAAUAAAUCAAGCUGCUUAACCUGGAAUCCUUAUGAGCCUAUCAAUUUUGUUGUUGGAAAUGAAGACUCUAAUUGUUAUACCUUCGACAUGAGGAAACUGGAUGAAGCUAAGAUGAUCCACAAAGAUCACACAAAUGCUAUCCUCUCCAUUGACUUUUCUCCAACUGGUAAGGAGUUCUGUACUGGAAGUUAUGAUAAAUCUAUCAGAAUUUUUGGAUACAACAAUGGAAGAUCAAGAGAAGUUUACCACACAAAGAGAAUGCAACAAGUAAAUUCUAUCGCUUACUCGAUGGAUAGUAAGUUUAUCAUCUCAGGAAGUGAGGACACCAACGUGAGAAUCUGGAAAUCCCAUGCUUCUUACUCUCUCAAGCCAAUGCUCUCUAGAGAGAAGGAAAAAAUAGCUUAUUCGAAUAGGCUGAAAAAGAAAUUUGCUUAUAACAAAGAGAUUAAAAGAAUUCUUCGCCAUAAGCAUGUGCCCAAAUUGAUUAAGAAGCGUCACAAUAUUAGACACAUCCAGACAGAGAGCAAGAAUAGAAAGGAGGCAAAUAUUCGUGCUAACAGCAAGCCUGGAGCCCUUCCAUACAUUCCAGAACGAAAGAAGAAAGUUGAUGAUGUUGAAGAAUAA